GCUCCGGGGAUGGCCAUGGCCGGCCCGGCCAUACGCAUCGGGGACCAGCUCAUUCUGGAGGAGGACUACGACGAGACCUACAUGCCGAGCGAGCAGGAAAUCCAUGAGUUUGCGCGAGUGAUUGGGAUCGACCCUGAGAACGAGCCGGAGCUGAUGUGGCUGGCCCGAGAAGGCAUCGUGGCCCGCUUGCCUGCCGAAUGGAAGCCUUGCCAAGACAUUACCGGAGACAUCUAUUACUUCAACUUUGCCAACGGUCAGUCAACGUGGGACCAUCCAUGUGAUGAGCGCUACCGACAGCUCGUGGUCCAGGAGAGAGAGAAGCUCCUGGAUCAAGAAGGCCUCAAGAAGAAAGACAAGAAGAAAAAGAAAGAGAAGAAGAAAGAGAAGAGAGCGAGCGAGCUGCUGAAACGCCCAGGUGAGGUGCAGUCAGAGCCGGGGAUUGUUCCUUCAACAUCCUUUUAUAAAGUUUCAUCCCCUGUCCUGUCGUCCGGGCAUGUGAGUCCUGAUCUAGAGCAGCAGGGCAGCCUGAUCACAAGGAAUGAGCCUUUCCUGAAGACCCACACAGGGGGGAAAGCAUCGGGGAUGCCUGGGCUGCUCUCAGGUCCUGCUCCAGCUAAGCUGCAGCCUCUGGGGCCAGCCAAGCCAAGUAGGAGUCGCCAGAUCCUUGCAGAUGUGGAGAAGAUUCUUGGAAGGGCUUCGUCUUCCAACAGACUGGACUCUGCUCUCCAGUCACGCCAAGAUGUGACUGCGGAAAUCAGGUGUGCAGCUGCUGCUCACGCCUUUUCAGACUCUGAGCCUGAGGAUUUGGAUAGCAUCAGUGUUGCAAAGCCCCUUUUCCAAACACUGAAGGAACCUUCUCAAGCCGUGGAGAAUGCUAAAAUGGUGGUAGUUCUGGGGACGCCUAAGGAGAGAAGCCUGUUCUCAGAGGGUGAAAAGCUAGGCAAGGACAAAGGGGGCAGACAGGUGGAAGGCCAGCCACCUGUUCAUCUCUCCCCAGGAGAGGGGGCAGUGGGGACUGUCUGUCCUGUGCCUGACCCCCAGCUGCAGGUGUUCUCUGUGCUGGGAGCAGUGGCUGGAACAAGUGGGGAUGCUAGCCCUCUGCUGGCAGGUGCUGCUGUUCCAGUUCAACCAAGGGAUGAAAAGAAACAAGGUGCGAGGCCAGAUGGUGGCGGCGGGAGCAGUGUGACUAGCAGCUUGGCUGACCAUCUUGCUUCCCAGAUCUUGGGUGAAGUAGAUAACUUUUCCUGGGACUUACAAAGCUCUCGUGAGUCUGACCAUCCCACGGAACACCUGGCUGCCAGCAAGAGGCCUUUUCUAGAAGCUCUGCAUACCCCUCAGACGCAAAGCUCUCCUGACGAACGGUCAGAAAGUGAGUGUUACUCGGAGGACCAGAAGUUCUACCAGCAUGUGCUCCAUAUGGUGAAGCGAUCCAGAGGAGCAGAGCUGUCUGAGCCCAAACCCCUCAAGCAGCGACAAGGUGGCACCAAAGAACCUGGCACUGGCCAGGACGGAGAGCCUGAUGUGACUCGGUAUGGGGCCAUGGCAGUGGAGGCUAGACCUAGCCAAGGAGCUGCAGGCUUUCAGACUGGGAGACUGCAGAGCCCAGGCGAGGGACAGGGAGGCAGCAUUGAAAACGGGCAGGCAGAAGGAGAGCCAGUGCAGAGCGGAGCACAAGCACAGAAUGACAGCGGGCCUGAGCUCUCACCAGCGGGAGACAGAGGCAAAGAGUCUCCAGGGCCUGCACUAGCCCCUCCCCAAGCUGCCCUAGGGAGUCUUGCUCCACUGCGUGGCUUUGUAGAUGCUCCAGCAGCUGCUCUCUGUGACACACGAAGUAGGAAUGGAAGAAGUUUUGUGGAACCAAAGGCACCGGCCCAAACAUGGGCAAUGCCUGACAGCUGCAGGAAGAGUCUCUUUGAAUCUAUGGAUGAUGAUGGUGGUGGUGGUGGUGAUGAAGAAGAAGCAGUGGCAGCAGCCUCCUUGAACCAGCUGAUUCUCGAUGGGGCAGAAAAGGAAGAAGGCAGCAAUGAGGUAAGUCCCUGUGGGACAGCCGGGCUUCUCAAGAAUCUGCAUGUGGGUGUUAGUGCUCUUUCUGCCAGCUUUGACAAUGAGGCUUCUGAAGGUAGCAGUCACCUGAAGGAAUGGCACAUUUCUGACCCCUUGGACCCUGAGCCACAGGACACACAGAGGCCAGUCUUGGAGAAUGUUCUGGAUGUGGCAGCAUUAUCUCCGGUCUUGGACAGCCCAAACUUUGGGGUGAGCAGAGCUGCUGUUGAAAGCACUCGUAAGGAGGAGGACCCUGGCUGGUUGGCACAGGAGAAGGAUACAAGCAAAGGCAGCUUAGAAGAGGAGCAAAGCCAGGGGUCAGCAGAAGCAACCAAGAGGGAGAGGAGCAAAAGAUGUCCCAGUGCUUCCGAAACAGCCGAAGAGAUGGCAGCUGUGGCAGAUGCUCAUGCUCUGCAGGCAAAGAAGACGAGAGCUGCCCAGCAGCAGAGGAACCUUGACGAGCAAGAGCCGCCUUGCCCGGAGAAUUGUGAAGUUGAGGUUAAGCAAACAGAACUAUUUAAGAUGCAUGCUGGAGAUUCCCUGGAGGAAAUGAGCAAAGCGAAGCACACUUCCCUGGAACAAGCAAAAAUGAAUUUGCGAGAAGAAAAGCAGGUUCCAAUCCAAAAUCAGAAGGAACAGCUGCGGCAAGAGGAGGAAGAGGAGAUCCAGAUGCUGCAUCAGCAGAAAGAAGAUGCCCUCCGGUCGCUCAAAACUGAGUUGGAGAAGGCCAGGCAAGAGGAGGAGCUGCGGUUGAGGGAGGAGUCACAAGACGAACUCCAGAAACUCCAAACCCAGAUCCAUUCUGAAACAGAGGCUGAAAAGGAGAGAAUCAGGCUGACACAGGCGGCUGUGCUGCACAGACACAGAGAGGAGCUGGAAUCCUUUCAGCGGUCUGAGGAGGACCAACUGGAGAAGCAGAAGCUGUUUUCUCUGGAAAAAAUCAAGAAAGAAGCAGAAGCCGUUUGGCAGGCGGAGCGGACGGAGCUGGAGCAAGAGAGCAAGAGAGCCCUGAGCACGCUGAGGGAGAAGCUGGGCCGAGAAAAGGAAGCGGCCAUGCAGGAAUUGGAGAUGCAGUUUGCAGUGGAGAUCCAGCAGCACAAAUCCGGAGCAGAAGAAGAGCACCGAAAGGUUGUCUCAGCCUUUCAGGCUUGGAUUGCAGAGGCCCAGAGAAGGGAAGAGGCCGAGUUACAGAAGGAAUUGGAGGGCGCAGAGCAAAAGGUCCAGCAGAAGAGGCAUCAGGUCCUUGAGUACGAGCGAGAGCUCAGUGACCUCCUGAAGGAGAAGCGGCAAGAAGUUGAGCGAGAGCAUGCGAAGCAGAUGGAGAAGGUGCAGGAGGCACACCGGGAGGUCCUUGCUGGGAUGCAGGCGCAGCACGAGGCCGAGGAAAGGGAGCAGAGGGCGGAGAUGAGCGCGUCGCUGCAAGUGGAGCAGGAGCGCCUGAGGCGGCUCCACCAGGCGGAGCUGGAGGCCAUACAGAAGCAGCAGCUGGAGCAGCUGGAGCACUGGCAGGAGCAGGAGCGGAAGGCUCAGCACACGGCGCUGGAGCUCGAUCUCCGAGCCAAGGAUGCACAGGCCAGAGCAGCCCAGCUCCAUGCUCAGGAAGAGGCCUGGAGGAAGAAAAGGCAGCAGCUCCUGGAGGAAGAGAAGCAGCUGGAUCAAGAGAGGGAGGAAGCCGCUUUGGCAGCUCGGCUCUGUCUUGAGGAGGCCCGAAAAGAGCAGAAAGAUCUUGCAGAGGCGACACGGCAGCUGCGUGGAGCUCUGGGGAAGCUUCAGGGCCAGAAAACAGAGCUGGAAUCCCAGGUGGAGCGGUUGCAGUUGCAGAGUCAGCAGCUGCUGCAGCGGGUCAGUGACCUGGAGGAGGCCAUGAAGAAUAAGCAAGAGCUGCUGAAGAAGCUGGAGGAAGAAUCCCCAGGAGGGAAGGAGGAAGCGCUCCGAGUGGAAGACCUGCAAGAGAGCAGGCUGGCGCCCCCCUCGAGAGAGAUGGCAUCCGAGACUCCAAAGAGCAACGAAGAAAGCAGCCUCCUCCUGGAUCAGGUCCGGCACUACAUUUCGGCCGAAGGAGCCUCCCUGAAGACCGCCAAGGAGUUCUUGGUGCGCCAGACACGCUCCAUGAGGAAGAGGCAAACGGCUUUGCGCGCUGCCAAGCAGCACUGGCGCCAUGACCUGCAGAGGGCACAUGAGGCCACUCAGGAGCCAGGCCGUUCCCAGGUGUUGGAAGGCGUGCGCAGGAACCUGGAAGAGGAAGGCAGGCAGCUGGAUGAAAUGAAGUCUGCCAUGCAAAGGGGCCAGGCCCUGCUGAAGAAGAAAGCGGAGCGGUUGAGCCAGCUGGAGUCCUCGCUGCUGGACGAGCUCUCUGAUGAAGAUACACUGAGGGGAGCGGCCUGCAAGAAGGUGGUGACCUUUGACCUCAGUGACUCUGAUGACGCAAGCAGCAUGACGAGCAGCGCAGAGUCUCCCCACAAAGUGGACUUGAAACCGGACCUCCAAUUCCCCCCCUUGGACAAGAUCCAAUACCUGACCGACUCCCUGCAGCGCAUCACCAGUGACCUGAACAGUGUCCUCGGCCUCCUGAGCCACUUCAGCAACCAGCAGCCUCUGCUCUUCGCGUCCACCCAGGGCCAGGCGUCCCCAGGGUCCAGGGAGGGCAUUCCUCUGGCUACUUAUACCUCUUUGGCCCGUGUCCGUUCCGCUGCUCCGUUUGUGCCUUCUGCUGGGCCUCAGUGGGCCUGGGGUCCCAGCUCCAGUCCCAGCCCCUCUGCUUUGGCCAGCCAGUCUGUGGACAGCAUGUUAAUGGAGAAGUGGCACAAGUACUUCCCAGGUGGGUUCCCGUUACCCUGCAGAAGUCCUGGCCCUACGGACAGCAAGCUUAGCUACAUGACCUCUGGCGAGCAAAUCCGCCUGUUCCAGCGCCCCCACACACAGGGCCCUGCGACAGAGAGGCCGAAUAUCCAGGGCAUGAUUGAUGCCAACAAGAAGUGGCUGGAGAGUGUCAAGCAGGAAUCCAAAGUCCCUCUCUUGCCAGUUGCACCCAAGUCCUCUGCCAGUGGCUCGGGUUUUGUGCAGCUUGGACUGGAUGAGAACAACCAAAUCAAGGUCUACCACUUCUAGGCAACUGGGAGAAGCCCUUUUGGAAAGCAGAUCCCCGGCCCGAGUUCCUCACGGCAGAGCUUUGGUCUUCCCCCGAUGGCAAUACACGUCUUUACCCCCCGCCCCCAGCAGCCUCCGUGCGUGCUCUCUUGGGCAGGGCCACGGCGCCUGGCUCCUAAAGAGAAGGCCAUUCGUGCAUUUGGGAAGUCAUCCGAGUGUCCCUAACUAGUUGCUUCCCUGUUAGCGUUCCAUUAGGCAGGAAAAUGCCCAGCAGGUGAUGUUGCUUCUUGGGGUAGGAGGUGAGUUCUGAGAGGAGGCUGGUGGGCAUCUUUUCCCAUGUACUACGGGCACCUGAGAGCAUGGGCAGCCACAGGGCGGCCUGAAGCGAACCCUCGGAAGCCGUGAGCGCCUGGACUGAUGCCAUCGCCUCCGCUGCUCCCAACGUCAAAGUGGCAGCCCGUGGUCCCGCCCUGCAAGGGUUCCUCUGCAGUCAGGGUUGCCUCCCACAGUCACCACACACCCCUCGACCUCCCCAGAUUUCUCCGUGCGGGUCGGCUGCCCGUUGGGUGACUCGUGGGCCAUCUUGGCUUUGUGCAGCAGCUCUUCCGGUGCCAGGCUGGCCACCCACAGGCCGAGGCAGGGCGGCAGGAGAGCGCCAGGCUAAAAUCUUCUAGGAAGCCGUCAUUGGCCUGAUCCUCCAGGCUUUUCUGAGAAAUGGAGGCUCCUCUCAGAGCUUGGGGACUGUUGUGUUUGCGGUGGCAGAGCCGGUUGGGCUGAUGCUUCAGCGCAUUUCUUUGCGCUGUGUUCACUCAGCUGGUCCCAGAGCUGGAUGCUUGCAGCAGCCGCCACUUGAAAGAGUGCCAGUUGCCUGGAGGAACUGGGUGGGUGGAGUGGGGGGCGGGGGCUACACGUGCACAUCCAUGCACGUCUGCAUUGUGGAGGCACGCUCUUGCCAGAGCUGCUUCUAGAAGGUUUAAUUUCACUCUUCAUUUCCUUCUUAGCUUUUCCCACCUUCUGAAGCCAGGCCUCUGGCUGAUGUACCCGGUCCCACCCCUGAGGUGGCGCCUGGCUCUGGCUUCCCAGGCACUGGGGGGCGGAGGGGGGGCAGUCUCCCUUAGAGUGUCCCCCCGCCAUGCUUGACAGCUUCCAACAGCUCUCUCAGUUUUCACCACUCAGCUGGGCCUCUGUAUGAGCAAAGCGUUUCUACUCUUGGCCUGUGUUAAAGGGUAUGUUAUGGCAAGAACGGGCAGAGCUGUAUUUUUGUAUACCCAUUAAAUUUUACUCUUUGGUACAUCUCUGGUGGUGUCGUCGCUUUCCCCCCUCCUGCGUGUUCAUAGUUUGGUUCCUGCCUGAGAAUCUCGUGCACAUGAUCUCACUUUGCCCCGGCUCCCCGCAACCAUGCUUUCAAGAGCCUUUUGCCAGAUCCCUGUUCUGCAAAUAGACAGAGGCUGGGGUUUGGGCGGUGAGGGGGAGGGGGGUCUGUAUUGCCUCCUACCAUGCUGGCAGAUGUCUACCAAAUCGAAUGCAAUGCCAACCACCUUGCACGUUGGUUGGCUGUGGGAAUUUGGCUUUUGACAAACAGCACGCAGAGAGGCUCUUUCCCCAUUUUUAGUGGAGCUACAGAUGGCCCCUUGCGCAGAAUAUAAUCCCCAGGAAAGCAAGUGAACCCUCUCUGCUCCUAAUCCCCUGAUCUGCACGUCUCCUCCCGCCUGGCGCACUGUGUGUGUGUGUGUGUGUGAGAGAGAGAGAGAGAGAGAGAGAGAGGAAUGUGACGUCUCUGGGCACAAGUGUGGAAGAUUAGAGGCUCCAAAGGACAGCAGAUUUUGUAGGCAGUACAGGCUGCCUGCCUAAGCUUAUUAGGCCAUUUGGCACCAGUUUGCCCUGUUGCAGCACAACGCAGGUCUCAUCCCAGGCUGAUCUGAGGAGAGUGAGCCUCUCGUGGGGCUUCCUGACGUUACCCACCAUGCUGGCAACGCUGAUGACUGCGCUCUACUUCAUGGUGAAAGCAUUGGGGCAGCUUGGCAACCACCUGUUCCAGGAGGAGCCGCUGCCCUACCUCAUCCAACAGCCCCUGCCGUGGCAAGUCCAGUAUGUGACCCCAAGCCGUCGUGCCAGCCGAGACAGCGGGAAAGGGGUGAGUUCUCGGCACAACAGUAUCUACGGGAUCACUGGGCGAAGAGGUGACUCCAGCCCUGUGCCCAGCAGUGGGAGCGAGGAGCUGAGUGAUCCCACCCAGAGGGCAGCGGUGACUAUCCAGACUCACUAUCGUAAAUACCAGCAGCACAAGCAUGGAAAGUAGAACCAAUCCCAACUCCUGGCUGCUUUGAAAUCAAGGACUGCAUGGCUCGUUCAAGGUGGAACAGCAGAGCGGCGCUCUUCUCGCAUACCGCUGGUGCGGUUGGGCUCGCCCCAUGGCCAGCUCAGCAGUCUUUGGGGGCAGCUCUCUUGUGUAGGAGAGUCUCUUGGACUUUCCCCACCAUCAUUUGCACAUGUUUUGAGAUUUCUAAAUUGGCUUCCGGAGGCCCUGCGCACCUGACGAGCACUGUGGGGAGGAGGCAAGAUGGGCUACUGCUAGUGGCUGGGGCUCAGGCAAUCUUUCAGUGGGAACUUUUGGCUCAGUCUUGGAUGAGGGUUGGGGUUUCGAUGCAAAUGGGUGCUUAUGCACAGAGCCCUAUCAAUGGCGUUGGGGGUCGGGGGAAGAGGUGUAUAGUACAGCGAUAGCAGGUGAGGCUAAAUGCUUUGGCGUGCUUUGACACAGAAGUUUCCAGAAGGAAGGUAAGGCAUAGCGCAGGGGGUAGGCCUCCAGGUGCUAUUUAAUGAAGAGGAACUCCUGUGCUGGAACCUUUCUUUGGGAAAGGAGCCCCACUCACUUGCGCUGCUUUUUUCUGCACGUUCUUCCUGCCCCUCCACCCCACCGCAGCUGUCUCUGGGUGUGCUGUGCCAUGCACAGACUCAGUGCUGGCACACAGAGCUAGCCGAAGACUUGGGGGCCUCUGCCCCACCCUCAGUAAAAACGACCCUCUUCAAUUGGAAGAGCUGGCUCUGCUUGCAAGAGGCGAGUUGCAGCCCAUGGCCUCUCUGCCCCAAUCUCCAGGAGACAAUUCCGAUUUUACUUGCUUUGUGUUUUAGAAAGAAAAAUGGCACUUCAGAAGGACACAUUAUACAUAGAGAAUUUUAAAAUGUUUGGUGUUUAAGAAGUUUAUGUAUAAAAUUAUGAACAGCUUAACGUGUGACAUGUGACCUGCAGGAUACUUCACAAUGAAAUGUGUGAUUACAGGAUGCGCCUCGGGGGGGCGACAGACUCUGAGAAACUCCAGCAGAAAGCUGAGAGAGUGGAGUCUCUGUUUCAUUGCCCUAGUGUGCCCCUAUCAGAGAAUCAUAGAAGAGUAGAGUUGGAAGGGGCCUAUAAAGCCUUCGAGUCCUGGCAUGUCCCUGCUCUUUUCUAGGCGCUGCAUCUGUCUUGCUAAGUAAUGGGCAGUUGUUGCUCAGGCUUAACUGUCGGGUGAAAUUGUGCUUUUCGUCAGAUCUUUUUCCACGUUCCACCUGGUCGGUGGGAACAUGGAAUCUGUCUUCAGGAUGUGGCUGACCGCAUUACGGUCAUGUUCAUUCUCUUCUAGGUCUGGCCCACCCCACACAAAGGGCUCUGUUGUUAUAGAAACAUAACUUUUAUUGCACACUGCGCUGGCUUUUUGUUUUUAUAGAAAAAGGUAUUAACACAGAGGCAGAUGCAACUUAAAGCA